UCUGUAGCGAGAUCUCGCUAGCUGGAUUGAAAUAAAAUUUGGUAGCUCUAAUUGCUGAAAUGCCGUUCAACACAAGAAACGAAUAUCAAAACAUGAGGCAAAAACAAGAUGCGGAUCAAGCUGAAGUGAAACAAGAAGAUGCCUGUUCAGCAUGUCAGAAUGGUAGAGUCGGAAACCAGUCUGAAAUAGCUCAGUCUCAGGAAAACUACAGUAAUUGCAGGGAACCAGUAAACAACAUGAGCACUGGUUGGGUGUGGUCUCUCCAGUCAAUACCAAGAAGAUGCCAGCGAUCCCUGGGCCUAGGUUUGUGUCAGCCGGGACUCUAGGGAUUGGCACAGACAAUCACAUGAAUGUGAAGGAGCAGGAGGAAACAUUUCCCCCAAUGUCAUCAGAUCAGGCGGUGGCGCUCGCCAAGGCAGAGGAGGACGCCACCAGCAUGAUAGAGGAGGUGAAGCAAGAUACCCAGGGGGCCGAAAACCUGCCAACCAUCUCCAACAAGAAUCCUACCAUGCUCCUCAACGAAAAACUUAAAAAUCUCAAGUACGAGACCCUGUCAGAGACUGGUGACCCUCACAACAAGUGCUGGACAGUUGCAGUGGAGAUUGAAAACCAGACGUUCACCGGCGUUGGCAGAAACAAGAAGAUGGCUAAACAGGAGGCAGCCAAAUACGCACUGAUCAAGCUCUACAAUAUCCUCUGUGUACCAGAAGAUCUGGCUGGUACAAACCCUCCAUCCUCUACAGAUUCCACACCCAUGGACUCUCAGGGUAUUGAUACCCAAGAAGGAGAAGGGGACAUGCAGGGUAGGAAGCGCGGGUUCCCAGGGGCCCCAGGCAAGCCCCAUAAGAAGCUUAAGGGACAGCCCAUGCCCAAGAAUGCUCUCAUGCAUCUGUAUGAGCUCAAACCUGAUCUCCAGUACUCAGUGGUCUCCCAGACGGGCCCCAUCCAUGCACCCAUAUUCACCAUGUUGUGUGAGGUGAACGGUCAGACUUUCACCGCCCAGGGCUCGUCCAAGAAGGCUGCCAAACUCGCUGUGGCAGAGCAAGCCAUGAAAUCCUUUGUACAAUUCCCUAACGCCUCUGACGCCAACGCCGCGCUAGGUCGCCAGCCCAUGAUGAACAUGGACUUCACAUCAGACAAUGCAGAGAUCUUCAUUCAACAUUUCGACUCUAACGCCGUACAACCAGGGAACCUUCAUGGCGAGAACGGCAGCAUGGGUAUGGGUGUGAUGGGGCCCAUACCGUACAAGAAGGGCAAGGCCUUACAGAACUACGAGGGGAAGAACCCCAUCAUGGUGCUCAAUGAGCUGAGGCCCAACCUAAAGUACGAGUGCAUAUCGGAGACGGGGGAGAAACACACCAAGCAGUUCACGAUGGCUGUCACGCUCGAUGGGGUCCAGUUUGAGGGAAGUGCGCGAAACAAGAAGCUGGCCAAGGCCAGGGCUGCGCAGGCAGCUCUCACUCAGAAGUUUAAUCUGAGCUUUACCUGGGCACCAAGUGCCCAGCCAGUGAACAAUAGUGGCGAGACGUACUCAGCGUUAGCGGACCAUGUGGCCAAACUGGUGCAGGAUAAGUUUGCCCAGCUCACUGACAAUCUCACAUCGCAGUACGCCCGACGCAAGGUGCUGGCCGGCAUGGUGAUGACCAGGGGAGACAACCUGGAAGCCUCAAGGGUGCUGUGUGUCACCUCGGGCACCAAGUGUAUCAACGGGGAGCACCUCAGUGACCAGGGCAUGUGUGUGAACGACUUCCACGCGGAGAUCUUGUCUCGCAGGUGCGUGCUGCGAUUUCUGUACUCACAGCUGGAGUUACUUGCGUCUGGUGACGAAUCUGCGAAACAGGAGUCGAUAUUUGAACCUGGUGAGGAUGGUUAUAAGUUGAAGGAUGGUGUGAAACUGCAUUUGUACAUCAGUACCGCGCCAUGCGGGGAUUCACGGAUAUUCUCACCACAUGGCAAGGGGGAGGAAAACGAGGGUGGCGAUAAACAUCCGAACAGAAAAGCCCGAGGGCAGUUGAGGACCAAAAUAGAGUCAGGGGAGGGAACUAUCCCGGUGAAGGCCACGGUCAGUGUUCAGACGUGGGACGGGGUGAUGCAGGGAGAGAGGCUACUGACGAUGUCCUGUAGUGACAAGAUUGCGCGAUGGAAUCUUCUAGGCAUUCAAGGUGCUCUCAUGGGCCUGUAUGUGGGUCCUAUCUACAUUGACAGCAUUAUCCUGGGCUCACUCUACCACAGCGAGCACCUGCAGAGGGCGCUCUACAAUCGCCUAGCAACCAUAGAGGGGGUGGAAGGGCCGUACCGCCUCAACAAGCCCAACCUGAGCGGCAUCAACAACCCCGAGCAGAGGCAGCUUGUGAAGGCGCCCAACUUUGCCGUCAACUGGUCUGAGGGGGACGCUGAGUUGGAGAUCAUCAACAUGACCACAGGCAAGCAGGAGGCCGGUGAGGAGUCGCGCCUCUGUAAACGGGAACUUCUCAAACGCUUCCUUCGCCUUCAAGGUCGCCUCCAGACCCGGGUCGAGAUGACCAAGAAGACGAGCGUGUACGGGGAACUCAAGGCCAUGAAUAAGCAGUACCACGACACGAAAAACAAGAUGGCCGAACAUUUUGUCAAAAAUGGCCUCGGAAUCUGGGUUAAGAAGCCAAUAGAGCAGGAUGAGUUUGUGGUCUCGGAGGUUAAUUCACUCGGAGGAUUGUGACAGGCAAUUAGGCUUAAUGACCUUGUGAUGUGGAAGUGGUGAUUCUGGAUUCCACCAAAACCUGUCAAACUGAAAAUUAUGUAGGCAGUUUAUUUCCUGGUUAUAUAAAUUAUGGGUUAUUUUGACUAAGUGCAGUUUCAGUUGAUACAACAAUUAGAGUAACUUUGUUGUGACCAAAAGUACAAGUAUAAAGCUUGAUUGAAAAUAAUAAAUAAGUAAUACAUCUAAAAUAUAAUUUUCUAGAAGAUUACCAAAUAAAUGUAUUCAUUAAAAUCUCGCAUUAUUUGGGAAAUCAUGCUGAAAAUUUUAAAUGUACUCAAGUUUUUACUGGAGUUGAACAUUAUGUUUAUGAUUUUCAAUUAUGCUAGAUUAUAUACUAUCGUUUUAUAAUGGUUGUUGAACAUGUCUUGAUCAUUCUGUAUACAUUUGUUAAUUUUGUCAUUUGUUUUUUCCUAGAGUUAAUGCACAGAAAAGAGCAUUUUUAGUUUUUACAAAUUAUUCAUUUUUUACAAGCAUUAAUCUUAUUGUUUUUUUCAAUUUUUACUAUUAAUUUGAAUUUGUAUUAUUGUAUCUUCAAUAGUCUAGUGACUGUGAUUUUGGAUCCUAUUGUUUAUAGUGAUAACAGAUUGUCAGCACCACACAGUGUUUCCAUGUAUAUUCUUUGACUUGAAGAUACAGAGUUGAACAAAUGUCUUGUUCUUUUGAAGGUUUUCUUGCUUAAUUGCUUUUCUUCCAUUUUUAUCAUAUGUUGUUAGCUUGUUAUUGUCAUUUUAUUCUUUAAAUGUUUUAAACAUUGUUUUUGGUGGAAUUUCAGUAGAUGUUGACCCAAAAUGUGUGAUGUGCUCAAAAUCAUUGUUCAUUAGAAACAAAAUCUAGUUUUUGAUCAUCAUUUAUCCAUGUUUGUAGAGAUUAUGAAACCACAAGUGGGGUCAGAUUCUCACAUUGUCCUUGGAAUAACAGACGCCAUUAGUGUUUUUAUUCCCCUGGUAGGGUGGCAUAUUGCAUUUGAACUUUCUGUCCGUCUGACCGUCCAAACACUUUGACAUUGGCCAUAACUUUUGCAAUAUUGAAGAUAGCAACUUGAUAUUUGGCAGGCAUGUGUAUCUCAUGGAGCUGCACAGAUUGAGUGGUGAAAGGUCAAGAUCAUCAUUCAAAGUCAAAGGUCAAAAAAACAAAUAUAAAUGAAGUAACAAGCUGUAAAGGGAGAUAAUUUAUAUUUAUCAUUUGGCAGGUACAGAUCAUUUUUACAAGGGAAGUAAUAUUUUUAAAGGGAUGUUUUAAAAAACAAAAAUAAAUAAAUCAAAGCGGCUCAGUAGGGAGCAUUGUGUUUCUGAAAAACACAUUUCUUGUAAAUUUAUCUUUUCAUACAAAGUAGCAUGCAUUGUAAUUAUCUUCAUGCCAUACUAUUUUGUUCAAAUCAUUCAACCCCUUACCACGUACCGGUAGAUAUGCAUUUUCAUGCAUUUGUAGUCCCUUAGAAAGGUUCAUUUAAUCGAAGUCCUUUCUUACAAGAUUCAAGUUUUAAAGGGUUUAUGUCCAACCCUUAGUUACUGAUGAGCAACAAAUAGUAUAAAACCUGAACAGACUGCGAGAUACUUGCAGGCUGUUCUGGUUUUAUGCUGUUUGCACAUAGUCAUUUACACUUAGCCUCUUAGUGGGAAAGGGUUAAAUGUUGAAUCUUGAGCGACAUCAACACUAGAAUUCUUGUUUGCUGUAUUUCUGCAAGUCUGGGCAGAUGGCCUGUAUACCUUAGCUGUGUGUACAAAAUAAAAACCCAUGUAAACAAAUGUUGUAAGGGAGUUAACUCCCUACCUCUCAGAUAAUGUAUGUACUUCCGUUCGGUUUUAUUUUAAUUAAGAUAAUCCAACCAAUUUUUGUCUUCAUGUUUUGACUGUUUCGGUACAAAAUUCAGAGUGUAAAGAAACAUUGUGCAGUUAUGUCAUCCCAUUCAUCACAUGAUGUCAAUUAUUUAGUCAGCAUUUUUCAUUAUUUGUCAACAUUUUAUCAUUAAAUUUGUAUGUAAAGUUCUUUCGAUCAAUAAUCGUGGUAAUAAAUAAAACAAAACUU